AUGGAGGAUACCAAGAGUGCCGCCGUUUCUGUCCCUGUUACGCCUGGAAAUUCGGAGCAGGUUACAACUCCAUUGUCCAUAACCCCGUCAAAUCUCACUAUUAUUAAAUCGCGACGACCUCCCCGCAUUGCGAAAGCUAAGAAAACCCGCGAACUGUUACGGCUAGCUAUCACAAGACUAAGAGUACGCAUAACCGAGAGGAACAGCACCAGCAAGCCUAUCUCAAAAACAGGACUCUUCGCCUACAACUUUGCUGAGCCCUUAUUUAACUGGUGGGGCGCCAACUCCCGCGUUCUUAUCACUCAGUGUCUCGGCCGAAUCGAAGCGCACGACGCCUUCGGGUCGGUAAGCAAACUUGUGAAUGGAGCAUCCCACAAUUACGCCGGCUUCUACCGGAUCACACCGGAGUCCGAGGCGCUCCAACAAAUGUGUCUGGAGUUGUUGCCGGUUUCUGAUAGCACCGCUGUACCAUUCCUCCGAGACGAGACGCACCGCGCGAUUGCUAGAUUUCUAGGUGCAGACUUUUGUUUUACGACGGGCACUGGAUACGGGUCGAAUUACAUUGCGCUGCCAGCCUUGAGUGAUGGUCCCACAGUCGUCAUCAUGGACGAGUACUGCCAUAACUCGAUGUUUACUGGAGUCUUCCUCGGACCAUCUUCGAGCCUGAAAAAGUUCAAACACAACAACAUGGAACAACUUGCGAUAUUGCUUAGCGGCUGUGUUGAUGAUACUGUUACUAUAAUCGUCGCCAUUGAGGGACUGUAUAGCACGCAUGGCGACGUUCCGCCGCUGGCCGAGAUCUAUCGCUUGAAAAAAAAGUACAAGUUUGUUCUAUAUUGCAACGAGGCGCAUUCUUUCCUAUCUCUCGGCAAGACGGGCCGUGGAUGCCUCGAGUAUUGGAACGACAGCCAUCCGGAAAGGCCCUUGCCUUGGGAUCUAAUCGAUAUCCGGACUGGCAGCCUUUCAAAAGCUGUUGGUGGUAUUGGAGGUAUGAUUACGGGCAAGAAAGUUUUCGAACAGGCGGUGCUGAAACGCAUCGGCAACCUGGACGACAAGAACAUCGUCUCCUUGCCGAGCUCUACGAUGGCGCAAACGAUAUGGCUAUUGGGCCAGCCCAACCGAAUUAAGCGCAACCUCCAACGGCUUACUGAAAUCACACGUUUCUGUCGCAAAGAGCUGGGACGUUUCGGCAUCUUUGUCUACGGCGACGCUGGCGUCCAUGUACUUCCUAUCUAUACUGGCAGGCCGACUGUUGCUGCGAAGCUGUCAUACGCACUGCGCCGUCAUGGAUUGCUAGCAACUCCUGUGUGUACCCCUGCUGUACCAUUCUGGGAGAGCAGGGUCCGUAUCAACUUGUCGGCAGAUUUCACCGACGAGGAGGUAAAUCAACUUGUCCAUGCUGUCGUCCAAGCUGCUGCCCACGCGGGUCUUUGUAAGACAGCUGGAAUCGCCCGCAUUUCUUUCAAGAAUGAUACCCAUUCUUUCUUGAUUGUAGAAGGCAUCGAUGAAGCACCAAAAGUCGCCAAGCAUGUUCAACAUCUCAUCAAGAGGGAUGCUACAGGAAGCUCAGCCAGUCAGCAGAGGCAACUUUUCGACAAAACCUGCGGCCAGCGGAUAAUCCAGGCCGGACACGCUUCCCGGGCCCAGUAUGGAAUCGGUGCUGGAGGUACAAGAUUGACCUGUGGCACGUUCCCACCCCAUAUCUCAGUCGAAAGCCUCAUUGCUAAGGCGACAGGCAUGGAAGCUGGACUGACUUAUCCGGAUGCAUCCAUUGGACUUGCUUCCACGAUUGCAGCUGUUUCACGUCCCCUAUUGGGGCACGGAAAGAACUACAUGCUUUUUGAACGCGGUGUGUCUCAGUUCGUCUGCGAUGGACUUACGAUGGUACCGAAACAGGAUGCCCCGGUGUUGCUUGGCUACAUCGACCUGUUCCAGCUUGCCAUCCAGGUCAGAAAGCUCGCUGAAGGAAUUAAAAAACUGUGCAUGACAGUAUACGUCCGCGUUGGAGACGAUUCACCUCACGAUCUCUUGUCGGCCACGCUUGCGGAGAUGGCUGCUCUUGUGGGCCCCGAGUCUGUCAUGACAAUCUUACUUCACUGCACCUCCCAGUGUCUGGACCCGAGAGACCUCAUUCUUUUGCCCUCUGGAAAAAACGUCCAUUUUCUUGUGUGCGGGUCGUAUGACCGCAUAUUUGGUUUGCCUACGGGUUUUGUUACCGGCACAGAGAGUUUGAUCCGAGAACUUCGGUACACAAGUCGGGGUUACACGUUUACCACGUCUCCGCCACCUUUCAUCAUGGACAUGUUACGCGCCGCUCUAGAGUAG